UUAUGUCCUAACACUUUCAAAAAUCAAAUAUGGCGUCCCUUCCCUUCGUGGGAACUUUAGAUUCAGAUGACGAUGUAGACCAGUUGGACAACGAAAGCGAUAGCGAAGAAGAUAAAGAAAAGUCUGUUAGGAGAAGCAGAACUCAGAAGAAAGGGAGUUCGUCAUUUGAUGAUGACUUCCAGUUCAUUUCUGGAGAGGGGCUCGAAGAUGGCAAUGAAGACCCGUGGAAUCUAGAUGCAGCCAUUAGAUUUGCAAAACACAAAGAAGACUCGAAUAAUAACUCAUCAAGCCUUCAAGACAAAAUAGUGAAGAGAAGAGAGUUGAAGAAGCAGAGGAAAUCAGAGAAGGAGAACAUACAAAGUCAAGCUAUAGUUGGGAAAGAAGAUGGUGUCAAAAAUCAGAUGGAAGAGACACAAGAAAAAGAGUUGGUUGGGAAUGGUGUGGAAUACAUAGUAGACAAUUCCAUACAACAUUCAGAUGAUGAAGACAGCAGUUCAGAAGAUGAAGAAACGAUUGAUAAGGUUACUGAGAAGAAAAAGAAAUUUUUUGAAGAACCUCCUCCUCAGCUGAAACAUCAAACUUUUACAACAAUGAACUUGUCAAGACCUUUACUCAAGGUAAUGUAUAAAAAUCUUUGUAAGACAGCAGCUUACAUGCUUCCAAUACUAGAGAGACUGAUUUACAGACCACAACAGGCUGCAGUAACAAGAGUCCUUAUUUUAACUCCCACCAGAGAACUUGCCAUUCAGGUUCAUUCAGUGACCAAAACCUUGUGCAAACACACAAACAUCCAGGUCUGCCUGGCCACAGGGGGGUUGGAUAGUAAAAUUCAAGAAGCAGCAUUGAGGAAAGGACCUGACAUUGUGAUUGCUACACCUGGGAGACUCGUGGAUCAUCUACAUAACACUCCUUCAUUCAGUAUACAAACUGUGGAGAUUAUUGUCCUUGAUGAAGCUGACAGGAUGCUUGAUGAGAACUUUAAAGAUCAGAUGGAAGAAAUUGUUAAACUUAGUCCAAGAGGAAGGCAAACAAUGUUAUUCUCGGCAACAAUGACAGACGAGGUGGAGGAACUUGCAACUCUUUCAUUGAAUCAACCGGUGAGGUUGUUUGUAGACAAUAACACGGACGUGGCCCAUAACUUGAGACAAGAAUUUGUAAGAAUCAGGAAGAACAGAGAGGAGGACCGUUUAGCAAUAGUAACAGCGCUGUGCAGUCGAACUUUCCAAGAACAUUGUCUAGUAUUCCUACAAACUAAAAACUUGGCUCACAGAUUAAGAAUCGUCUUAGGGCUCCUCGGAUUGAAUGUUGAGGAACUUCAUGGGAACUUGACUCAGCUUCAGAGGCUGGAAGCAUUAAGAAAAUUUAAGGCAGGCGAAGUUGACAUUUUAGUGGCUACAGAUUUAGCAUCCAGGGGAUUGGAUAUUGUUGGAGUGAAAACGGUCAUUAAUGCAAGUCUGCCACCAACAAUUAAACAAUACAUUCACAGAGUUGGAAGAACGGCUCGCGCCGGACGGAGUGGAAGAUCUGUGUCACUAGUCGGAGAGAAAGAGAGAAAAUUGCUGAAAGAGAUUGUGAAAUCAGCAAAGACGCCUGUGAAAAGUAGAAUAGUCCCUCCGGAGGUGAUCGAGAAAUACAAAGGUAAAAUCCAAGGACUUGAGAAAGACUUCAAGGAAAUUCUUAAACAAGAAAGCGAAGAAAAAGAGCUGAGGAUCUCUGAGAUGGAGAUGAACAAGGCACGCAAUUUAAUCGAACACGAGGAAGAAAUCUUUUCCAGGCCCCCUCGGGUGUGGUUUCAGAGCAAAGCAGACUUGAAAAGGAAGUCUGAUAAAGCAGCGAAUGAUCCCGCCAGCAAGAAAUCUAAACAGGAGAAAAAGAAAAAGAGCACAGGAAACAUAAAUGAAAGUGAGGAAGACAAAAAGAAACGAAAAGAAGCGGAAUUCAUCACUCGGGAAGCCAAGAGAUCGAGGAAAAAGAAACGGUUACAUGCGUUUCCAGCGGACAAACCCGACUUCAAAUCUAAAGGGAAAUCCUCAAAGACGAAAUCAACCAACGGUAGCAGUUCACGGCUGAAGGCAUUUGAUAAAGAACUUACGGAUACGAGCAAAAAGGCGCUAAAAACAUAUAGACAGAGUUCAAGACCUGAGGAGACAAAGACAUUUAAGAAAAAUCAAGGAAGAUUUAAAUCCAAGAAAAGGUACAAGAGGAGAUGACAUGCUCUGCAGAGAACGACGUAAAAUGUCAACAGUGUGUAAACUGAAGAAACUGAAUGACUGUGAAGAUCUUCACGAGUUUCAGUUUGUUACUGUUGACAGAGAUAAUGAUGAUGUAUUUUCACCUGGCAGAAAAAAGGAAAAAAUGAUAUUUAUGUAAUUUAAAACGCAGAGAUCAGAAAGCAAUUAAACAUUUUCAUUACUUUA